AUGGAUUCAACGCUUCCGCCGGUUCUGCCGUAUCUUAGGAGUAGCGCCAUCAGCUAUACCACCGACUAUCUAUACCUCUUGAACCCGCUGGUCACCAUGGCCGCUUCCCCUGCCGCGCUACUUCCGUUCCUCGUCCUUGCCGUCAUCUGCGCGGUCGCCACAGCUCACGUGGCGGCAGGGGAGCGCGGCGCGGAUCGCCGGAACACGCCGCGUGUGCGAGUGGACGGCGCGAGCAGCGCUGUGACUACGAGGAGGAGCCUCAAAAUAAAGACCAGAUUUACCGCAUAUAUGGCGGUGGAAGAUGGGAAUGCCGACAUGCCAGCGGGAGUUGGGGCGGGUGUGGGGGGAGACAGCACGGGCAUGGUAGCGAAGGCGAAGGUGCGGGUGGCGACGCAGGUCAACGUGGUGCCAGCUCACCGAAUGAUCAACUUUAACGCCCCAGCCACGUGCGUCGCCCUUGAGCCUUCUGCCCAGGCGUCUCUCAACGAGGCGAGCCAGGGCGUGGAAGUGUGGUGGCUGGGAGCGCCGCAGCAGAGCAACGGCUUCAAUGGGAAGCGUCAAGUGGCGUGCAGCAAGGUCUCGUUCUUCCAGAACUCUGCCUGCCAGGGCGCGCCAGUGGCCGAAGCCGUGAAGCCGCAAGUCCCCAAUCUGAAGAAAAACUUCCCCCGGCCCAGGUGGGUGGGUGAUGGGCAUGCGCCUGGGUGGAUGAUGGGCAUGCGCCUGGGUGGGUGA